AUGGCAGAUUCACAGUCGACGGGGAACGAUGCCUCAGAUAAGAAGCAAAGAUCUACCGGGUUCAAGCCCGGGGACGAUAUUCUUACUCACUUCCGCAAUAUCUACGCCGGUAUUACGGGCAAGAUGACCCCCGAGGGCGUUGAACAGUUCAGACUCGCGAGAGACCUUCGAAACGAAGAGUCAGACUGCAGGCGGUGCGAGUCGCAGAGAGAUUAUCUGCUGAAUUAUAGCCCGGUUAUACGGUUCCUUCAAGAUAACAUCAGACAGCUUGGAGGAGACAUAUCGUCGAAGAAUAUAUAUUGCCGGAGAUGCACGGCUCGGCAAGGUGGAGGGUUUGAUCCGGAGUACGGAAUUCAGAUAUGUGCGAAUGCAAUGAACAGUCGGAGCCAGCUUGAGGAUACCCUAGCUCACGAGAUGGUGCAUGCCUACGACCACUUGCGGUUUAAGCUCAACUGGACGGAUAACUUGAAGCAUGCAGCUUGUGCAGAGAUACGAGCCAGUUCCUUGAGCGGGGAAUGUAGAUGGGCCAACGAAUUCUUUGGAAGAUUCGAGUUUAAAUUGGCCAACCACCACCAAGAUUGUGUGAGACGAAGAGCUGUGAUGUCUGUGCAGGCGAGACCGGCAUGCAAGAGCAAGGAACAAGCUUUGAGAGUAGUAGAUGAAGUAUGGGAAAGCUGCUUCAAAGAUACACGACCAUUUGACGAAAUAUACCGAUAA